AUCUGCUUCAAGAAUGUCUCCCUUACACCGUCUACAGCACUAAGGGAUGUAUUCAUGCAAACUACAAUUGUGUGUGUGUGUGUGUUUGCAGUGUGCUACAUUUUAUGGCAAGGCUAAAAUAUUUUAGCAACUGAAAAGAAAGUGUUCCCAAAAGCGUUCCGUGUCAGCUUAUCUGAUUCAGUAAUGGAUAGCAGUGACAAGGACGGACCAGUGGACCCAACCUCCCGCAGAGACAGUGUCUGCAAUAAACAUGUAAUGCAAAAAAAAACCUAAACGUCUUCUAAAACUAUACACUUUAAAAAACUUUUGGCAAAACUGUCCGGCGUUUUUAUGAAUGUGUUUGAGAUCCCAACUCUUGUUGGGGAGUGUGCGUGGGAAUCAGCUCCAAGCUGCGCUUUCUUGCCUGGCGGUGUUUGGCUGAUAAAGUCACCGCAGUGGGUUGCUUGCUUUCGGUCGCGCCCUCUUGCACUGUCUCCUGAACUCAGCAAUAUUUUCACCAGAAACACGGACGUCGUUAUUUCCGUUUCCGUCGUGACAGUGGAAGGAUGCUGUGUGUAAGAGUACAGUAGCAUGGCGCUUAGCCAUUGUUUUACGUGUGAGACUAUGAAAAUAAACCGGUAACAGCAUAACAUUUCAUUCAAGGCAUCGUGUUGCCUCUCUCAGAACACACACGCAAUGUUGCAUUCAUCGUGACUUGCAAUACGUUUUGAACUUGAUGGUGUGCAUGUAUGGAUAUUUAUGAUAGGGGAAAAAGUGCGCUUUUUAAACUCCUUGUGUUUUCGUGCAAUGGCUGUUUAAAUGUUAAAUUGAGAUCAUGCGGAAAGUAGAUUGUAUAGAGGGUGCUAAUCUUAAAAUACCCAGAGCAGUCCGGCCGAAUCCGACGCAUUAACUGGCGCAUUGGUUCUGCGGUCCUCAGUUAUCAAGUCAUUUUGGCGAGUAGGAUGGAGGCAGCGGGCGAGGAAGCUGCAUCUGCGAGUGCUACCAGCUUGUCGGGCGAGUGGAAUUUAUUCGCUUGGACCGUGUUUGCGGUCAUCCUGCCGGUUCUGAUCACGCUGUGGUGCAGCGUGCAGCGGUCCAAGCGAAAGAUGGUCAUCAAGGACAUUCUGAGAAAAAGUAAGAAGCACGACUGGCACGACAGGGACCUGUUCAGCAAGCCCACUUGCUGCUGCGUCUGCUCGCAACACAUUCUCCAGGGCGCUAUCUGUCACUGCUGCGGGGUGUGCGUGGACGAGGCCUGCCUGCGGAAGGCAGACAAGAGCCUGGCAUGCAAGGAGAUCAUGCGCCCAGCUCAGCGGGACGGCUCGCUGCCCCAUCACUGGGUCCGAGGGAACGUGCCCCUGUGUGCUUACUGCGCGGUUUGCAAACAGCAGUGUGGAUCUCAGCCGAAACUCUGCGAUUUCAGGUGUGUUUGGUGCCAGAGAACCGUUCAUGAUGACUGCAAGCCUAGCCUGUCGGACGGUGGGAAGUGUGAUUUGGGUGAAUUCAGGAACCUGAUCAUCCCUCCUCACUACCUGCACAGCAUAAACCAGCGACGCAGGGGCCCGAGCGAUGACUACGGGACGUUAGCCUCGAUGUGCGGCCCCAACUGGACUCCAGUAAUAGUGCUGGUCAACACCAGGAGCGGGAACAACAUGGGAGAGGAGCUGCUGGGGGAGUUUAAAACUCUCCUGAAUCCAGUCCAGGUGUUUGACCUGACUGAGCUGCCCCCGAUCAAAGCCCUGCAGCUGUGCACCGUCCUGCCCGCUGGCUCGGUGCGGGUGCUGGUGUGCGGGGGGGAUGGCACGGUGGGCUGGGCGCUGGAUGCUGUGGAUGAGAUGAAGAUAAAGGGGCAGGAGCAGUACUUGCCCCACGUCACAAUCUUACCCCUGGGAACCGGAAAUGACCUUUCCAACUCCCUGGGCUGGGGCACCGGGUAUGCAGGGGAAAUUCCAGUGGAGCAGAUCCUGAGGAACAUCAUGGAAGCCGAGGCAGUCAAACUGGACCGGUGGAAGGUUCAGGUUACAAACAAAGGAUACAGCUUUCGAAAAACAAAGGUUCUGACGAUGAAUAACUACUUCUCUGUGGGCCCAGACGCUCUCAUGGCUCUGAAUUUCCACGCACACCGUGAGAAGACCCCCUCGCUGUUCUCAAGCAGGAUCCUCAACAAGGCUGUUUACUUUUUCUACGGGACCAAAGAUUGUUUAGUUCAAGAAUGCAAAGACUUGGACAAGUUCAUUGAGCUUGAACUGGAUGGAGAGGGAGUGGAGCUCCCGAAUCUGGAGGGGAUCAUCGUGCUCAAUAUUGGGUACUGGGGAGGAGGCUGCCGUCUGUGGGAAGGAAUGGGGGAUGAGACGUACCCCCCCUCCAGGCUCGACGAUGGUUUACUGGAAGUUGUCGGAGUGUUUGGAUCGUUCCACUGUGCCCAGAUCCAGGUGAAGCUGGCUAACCCUGUGCGGAUAGGGCAGGCACACACAGUCCGGCUGAUCCUGAGAAGUGGCAAGAUGCCCAUGCAGGUUGACGGGGAGCCCUGGGCACAGGGGCCGUGCACCAUCACCAUCACACACAAAACCAGGGCGCUGAUGCUGUACCACCCUGGGGAGCAGACUGACGAUGAAGAGGACGAUUCCACCAGCGCCUCCGAGCCAGAGCUGAGCGACCAAGAGGACUAGCACCGCCCCGGCCAUCGCCGUGCAACAGGCUUAUAUAGACAGCUGGGUUACUGGAGUGUGUGAUAGAGCAGGAACACGUCUCUAUACAUUGCAGUGAUCUGACCAGGCUUUCACACACACUCUACUCCCAGAUCAUUCAUUUUACAUGCAGCGUUCGUUCUGCUACAUUGAGAAGCUCAGCAGUGACAGCAAAGCGAUUGCAUUUUUCAUUAUGCAUUUUAUUCCAGUAUUUAAACUCCUUCGUUGCUUUCCAGGGCUUGGGUUCCAGCUAGCAAUCAAGCUGGCCUUUUGACAAGCAGUGGUAAAUGUGGCACUGUAAUAUAAAGUAGGUCUCGGUUAUUUCAUACAAUAAGCAUUUUGUUGCACUAGCAGUUCCCUGACCGGGGUAUGUGGUGUUUUGAUUUUAUGAUCAGCUGCAUAGUUCAGAUAUCAGUUGCAAUGCCCCUUUGAUCAGAAAUCCCAGGCUUACUUUGACAGUCAGACUCAAAAUCACCAGGUGUAUGUUGUAAUGAUUGUAACAUUUUGAAAACGCUUCUUCACUUGAAACUGACAGACUGUUAUAAUUACACUGUAUUUGAAAAGUUAUUAUAAAAAUAUAAAAAUGAACAUGGCACAAAACAGACUAAACAAACCCUCGAACAAACACUCUGUCCUGUGAGUUUAGGUGGUCUGAUCAGAGAGUGUAAAACCUUCAUGAGCGAGGCAUUGACCAAAUCCAUUGACACUGGAAAUACAGUUUAGUCUGCAGUUGUAUUAAAUGUUCAGUACCUGCACCACGCAGACAGACACUUCAUUAGAGUCUACUAGGACAGUACUGCUGCUGCUGAAGAGGAGUCAGCUGUAAUUAAUUCAGAACACUGGCAGUGUCUUCUCCUAGCUCCAGUGAGUGUGUCAGCUUUGCUGUUGUUCGUUGCUCUGCCGUGAUUGGACAGUAGGAAUAGUCUACACAGACAAAGAAGAGGUAGAGUUUUUUUUUUUUUUUUUUUGCUGCUCCUGUGUUUUUCUUUCUUAACCUAAACAACAACAAAAGACACAUCCAGUAUUGUUCUGGUGUUAAUAGCGGUACAGUGUUUGCUUGUGAAUGUCGUGGGAUUUCCUGAUUGAGAGGUGCUCUGUGUGGGAUAGGGAGUGACUCCCUGACGGCGUGACUGCAGCAGUACCCCCUCUGGAAUGCACACCGCUUCUCCGGUGUAAAUACAAACCAGUGACGGCUUAUUUAUUAAACUUCAUUGUUUAUGCUGCAUACUGUGUUUGCAUUAAGGACACAGAUUACACUCAGAAGAAGUUGUUUGUUGUGGUGCUUUAACCCAGAUUUGACGAUUACCUAAUUAGCGGGCAGUAGGACCUAGUCUAGCACAGCUGCUCCUCCGGUAAUAAUGUGAAACAACUCGGACCAAAAUGCAGUAAAUUGUAUUCAGCAGAAGCAAUGUCCCUUCAGUAGACUUUUUUUUAUUGCAAUACCUGUAGAUGUGUAAGUUAUCUAAAUAGACAGCAGCUUUUCAAGGGGUAAAGUAAAGCGCUUCAGUGUGCCUUUAUUAAAUGUGUCUCUGUGCUGUAUUGUGUACCUUUUGUAUGGAGUGGUCUCUUCAGUUGUGUCCUGGAUUCUGCUCUUCAGUGUGCGUUUAGCUUGUUAAAGCUUGGGUGUGCAGUACAGGUUAAUACCAGUAGAUGGCACCACAGCCAGGUCACAUUGGGGGUGCUGGAGAGAGGCCAGUUGCAGUCUCGUGGUUUGAUCUUAGUUUUUGCUUUUGUUUCGUUGUUGUUGUAAAUGUUUACCUGUGUUGAGCUAGCACUUUAACUGCCCGCUUCAUUUUUUUAGUAUUAUUUAUGACAUUUUGUGUAAUUUAUUAAUUUUACCAGGCAGGCUUUUACAUUGCACUAUCCUCUGUUAUGUAAGUAAAAACAAAUGCAUUGCAUUUAUGAAAAAAAAAAAAAAAAUUUAAAUGAAUUGAAAAAGAAAAAUAGCUUUUAACCUUAUUUACACUGAACAAGCUAUGUAAACAUGCUAUUUGUUAAAACUCUAAUUGUUUAUGUACAUUAUUACAGUAAGAGGGAUUUGUUACCCAGGAUAAGGGUAAUCAUAUUAAUACUAUUUAUUUAUUAUAUAUGUGUAAUGUUUAUUUCCGAAGUGCCUCAUGUAGAAAUGAACGGAAAUUAAUUUUCAAAUGAGUCUCUUUGGAAACUCUCGAAUGAACAUUAUAUUGUGAAGUGAUUUUGUCAUCAUGCUCCAGAACUUGUGAAAGAACUGGUGCAAAACUGUUGUGUUAUAUUUGUGUAAGUGUAAAAGCUGAGGCGACUGUGUUGUUUGGUUUAAUGUUGAGGUUGCUGGCUGGCUGAUUGUCAGUAAUGUAGACGCUGUCGUAACUAUAGGAGCAAACCCCCUCUUCAAACACAUACGAGUCUCUGCUUGUUCGUGGUCUGCUUGUUGUUUCAUAACACAAAGCAAUCUUAUUUAAAUGUGUUUUUGUUUACCGUUUUACAGGACGUUUUGUAUUUAAAUUUGAAAUGUGUUAUUUGUUCAAUCUGCACACGUUUGUUUGCGCACGCACUGUGAUAUGGCAGCACUGAGUCGAUGUCUGGAUCCCUUGCAGUGUUCGUGCAUUUCCCAGCUGACCUGGGAUCUGUUAUAAUCGCAAUUACAGCAGCGGCGUUUGCUGAAGCUCCACUUCCAAUGAUACUGUCUUCAAUUACAACUAGUCACAAUAAUGCUGCAGUAAUUACAAUUCGAAUUAUACUAAUUAGUAUUAAGUAUACUAUUACCAGUUAUAAGUAACAUAAACAACUACACACGUUAACAUGUGUACUCUGUUAUAAAUAACCCAGCCAUAGUCGCAGCUACAAGUACACAAACAUGCUGUAGAACUUAUUUUUUUCAAACAAUCGGGUUCACUAAAAGUGGUUGAAAGUACGAGAAUAGCGAUCACUCAUUGAAAAACACAUGAACUGUAAACGAUUUAGCCUGGAAAGGUGUGGAAUUGAACUGGAACUGAUCACGUAUAUGACUGAUUUACAGUUACGCAAGUGUGCCAAGGGUCAUGCAGUUGUAAGCACAUUUGAAUUGCACAAUUCCAAUUGUAACGUCGCCAGGUCCGAGUCCCAGCUUGCGUUGUGAAAAGGGACCUUAGGGUUAUGCAGAACUAAAGAAUUAAGAAAUCGCACGAAGAACCCUAAUAUUUUCCUAAUUCUGAUUGCACAAAGAAAGACAUUGAGGUGGCUUACGGUGUAACAUUAUUUUGUGACUCAAAGCUGUAAUAAAACGAGACAUUUUGAUCA